AUGUGUUCUGCAGCCCAAAGUGGAAAAGACCGUGUGACUGCUGCGCAGUGGGUGAUCAGUCUUGAGAGCCAUAUUGUAUGUGAGGGCAUUCAACCAACCUUUGUGACAGGGCUUGCUGCACUGUUUUCAAUGUACUACAUCUUUAAUCUACAAUAUCAAGAAGAGGCUGCUUGUACACUUGAAUUCAUCCAG